AUGGCUUCAGACUACUUCACAACAACGCCAGAGAUGAAAGGUCCUGUUGAAGUUGCAGCAGCUGCUGGGAACUACACAUCUUUUCAGGUGGCAGUGCAUGAGUCUGUGGUUCCAGUCCAAGCAGAAGGUUUGACUUCAGUGUAUGAGCAAGAGGCAGUAGAAUCACUCAGUGUACAAGCACAUGGAAAUGAAGUCCAUGAUGUUCGAUCUGAUCAUGUUGAGGAACAUCAUUUGGGAGGGGGGUCAGAAGCAGAAAACUCAGCAGAAAUCCAACCUCAAAUGGAGCCCGUCAACCCAGAUACAGAAGCGGAGCAAAUUUCUAGGGGUGUUGAGUCAAAGGAUCAACAGUUUGUUCCUCGACGGUCGUAUCAGAAUUAUAGAGGUGGACGAGGUGGGAAUGGGGUUGGCCGUAGGGGAGGAUAUCCUAAUGGUCGUGGAGGGCGAGGCAGCGGGAGGGGAGGCUAUCAGAAUGGCCGCAGCCAAUUUCAUGACCAGCCGGGCAAUUACUACGCCCGAAACAAUCAUUUCAGAGGAAGGGGUGGCCGGGGUUUUAGUGGGAAUUUCGGUUACCAUGCAGGUGAAGCUGAGAAUGUUAAAGCAGAUUCAUAA